GAGACGAUUUAGUUUGUCGCUUGAGAUCGGGAAACGUCGCGAUAGCUUAUAACCGGGCGACCGAGCGUUGGAUUCGAUAGUGACCGUCGCUAUGACCUCCGCGUUGGAAAACUACAUCAACCGUACUGUUGCUGUGAUUACUUCAGAUGGUCGGAUGAUUGUGGGCACUCUCAAGGGCUUUGAUCAGACAAUCAAUUUGAUUUUGGAUGAGAGCCAUGAAAGAGUAUUCAGUUCUUCACAAGGAGUGGAACAAGUAGUAUUAGGGUUAUACAUUGUGAGAGGAGAUAAUGUAGCUGUAAUUGGAGAAAUAGAUGAAGAAACAGAUUCAGCCCUUGACUUGGGAAAUAUUCGAGCAGAACCUUUGAACUCAGUUGUACAUUGAAAGACAAAAGAAUAAGGACUGCUUUACAUAAUUAUUUAUACAAUGGCAUGACUCCUUUUUAAAAUUUGCAUAAUUUGGAUCAUUUAUACUUAUUUUUUACUGUUACAGCUUUAUGUAAAUUAAAGUAUACAUUUUA